CAUACCACUUCCAGUAUACCCGCCAACAAGGCCCCGCAGUAGAGCUCGAGCUGAAGCUAAGCUGAGCUGGGCUGAUCCCCGAUACCACUCAGCCAUUCUCCUACCUCACCACGAAGCCAUGUCGCGUCCUCUCGCCUCUCCCUCGGCCUCGUUCCGGUACGGCAACCGCUCCGCGUACCCUCUCCCGCCGCGACGCGCCUCGUCCUACGCCUCCCCCACCACACCCGGUGGCAGUGCUCCUCGCGGCCAACCCCCGUCAGGUCCUCGGAUCCUCGCCGCAGGAAAGGGGUCAGAAUCUUUCGAGACACUCUCGGACUUCGUCCUUUCACUGCCUCACCCGCGAUACUGGCCUUCGCUGCUGCUGAAUUACUUUGUCCUGGACCCGCUUCGCAUUCUCACCACGACGCUCCUAGCCCUCAUCACCUCCCCACGCACACAUCGAGUAGUCUUGCGGUUGAGUGUCCUCUUUGCUCUCUUUUGGACCUCGCUAAUCCUCGCCAUCUUUGCCUACAUAGGCUUCUAUCGGGUAUGGGUACCCGAUGUGGGCAGGUUGGAUCAGGUGCACCUCGAGUAUGGCAAGAGGGGUGGAGAGAUGCCUUCUGCGCUGGUGCACUUGGGAAAUUGGAGGGGAGCACAGGGAAUAGGAGGGGAAGAGUGGUUUGCCGAAGAGCAGGAGUACGAUGUCAGUGUGGAGCUGCUCGUACCUAUUAGCACGGCUAACCUCGAUCUAGGCAACUUUAUGGUCUCCCUCACACUCUUGACCUCGGACAACGUCACACUCUUUCAUUCCGCCAAGCCCACCAUCCUGCGCCCUACAACGCCUCCGCUGCGCUUCCUCACUCAAUUCGCCUCGCAAGUUUCCUCCAGACCCUCCAUCGCCUCCUCUCCCGGGAUGGGCGGCGUCGGAGCAGGUCCUGGCUCUUUCAUGCUCCCACUCCCCUUCACUUCACCCUCCUUGGAGCUCAUGACCGUCCGUCUCUUCGAUCGAGUCGUACUACACCCCAGUCCGGGCUCCAUCCCCUUCUCGGAUCCGGCGGGGAGUCCCAUACGGGGAGGAGCGCGGAGACGCAUCUCAAAAGCCCUCGUGCGGGUCGGCAGGGACGAUUCGGACAAAUACUGGGUCUACGGCGGCGGUCACGGUGUAGGCGGAGUAGUCAUGGGCGGCAAUCCACUCAGUGAAGGACUGCAAGGUGGAUUGGGUCAAGGCAUGGUCCUCGCAACUCAGAACGGCGGGGCUUUCAGGAGCAGAGGAGAAUUACAGACCGUCGGUGUUGGUCUACGCUUUGAUGCUCGACUGACGGGUUUGAGGUACCUCCUCUACACGUAUCCUAUUCUUUCCUUUCUCCUCUUCACCUCUCUCUUCCUCGCCUUUGAGCUCAUCUCGGCCCUCACACUCUGGACCAUUGCCGCCGUCUACACAUCGUCACUUCCAGGCUUGGGAGUCGACCUUGGUCCGGACAAUCAGUUUGUUCCCUAUCGCGAUGGAGCAGACUUGGGAGGUGCAGACUACGGCUCAGCAGACGACCAAGACGAGGAUGACGGGUCUUCUACUCCUCGCAGGCGAGGCAGAGCGGGAGCUACACCCGAGACGAUCACUGCGACGCCUACGACUACUUCGAAUGUCGAUGAAGACGAGAAUGGGGACGGGGACGAGGAGUCUGCUUCUUGGGAGGAAGAAGACACGGAGACGGAGCAAGGCUCCUCUACGGGCCCGGCGCAACUGCGCUCUCGGGCCUCGUUGAGAGACAGGGACGCCGAAGAGCGAAGGGAGGUGCAGUUGGCUGCAGAGGAAGAGGCGCGCAGGACGGGUAGACUCAUGACUGCCGUCGCCGGCGGUGGUGAAGGUGGUGGUGGUGGUGGUGCUCGACCUGGAGGUGGAGACGAUGACCUCCUUUCCCCAACUUACCGUCGCGUCCUUGGUCGGCUGGACGAAGAGACCGAGGAGGAGACGGACGAUGUAGCCUCUGUAUCGAGCGGCAUGGGCAGUACGCUUUCCUCUUCUGGCACUGGUGCCGGCGCUGGCACCAGUCAACGAAGGGGACCUGCUGCUACUGCUGCUACUGCGAGACAAGGUGGUGCAGAGGAACAGGGAGAAGAGGGAAGUUCUUCCACCCCUGGAGGGUCAAGCGGGCGCAUGGGUGAGGGCGAGGGUGACGAUGAGUGGGAGGACGAAGGCGGGCAAGGAGAGGAGACGGUUCUGAUCGAAAGUGGGAGGGAAGGAGAGCAGACCACCAGGGAGGGGCAAGAAAUUCGGAGGCGUAAAGCUUUCGAGGAGGAAGACGACGAGGGCGGUGAUGGGACAAGCACCAUUGGUGGAUCCGCAACGGAUCCCUCCAUUGCCUCUGGCUCACGCAGGAGCUUCGGCGCAACCACACAAGCCUCGACCUCUACUCGCCAGACGGGCACGACGGGUGGUGCAAGAGGUGGCGGGUCCGACUAUUGAGCCAUCCUGUUCUCUCUUUCUAUCCCUCGAAAGUAGUCGUCAUCGUCAUGUUCUGUCGUCAUUGUCGCCUAAGCACACCUACACACACGGCCCUGUUGGUUUUACAGAUGUAUGAAUGUGACAUUAUACCAGGAAAAGGAAACAGAAUGGAAGGCAAGAGAGGUGAUUGCAGGUGCAGGUGCAGAGCGGUAUCAGGGCAGAUGUGGCUACUUCCUCUCGUAGAGAUGGAGAGGUCACUGCCUCUGUUGAAUACCACUCAUUCUUGAGCUUGGUUGUACGAGCAGAGUGGCGUGAGAUCCUACCUCUGUCCCUAGGCUGUCUCGGGCGCCAGUCCCCUCCCGAUCAUCUCAUCGCCUAGCGUCCGGAUCUAUAUAGCGCCAUCUCCUCUCACCUCCGU